AUGAAACUGCGUCCCAGGACUUCAUUGCUGGUGACCUGGAGAUCCAAGUUCCUGGAAGAGCCUUCUUGAUCACCGGAGGAAACAGCGGCAUUGGGAAAGAAACUGCCAUUGAAAUAGCCAAGAGAGAAUAUAUUUCUGCACAUUGUGGACUUGUCUAAUCCUAAGAACAUCUGGAAAUUUGCUGAGAAAUUCAAGAAGGAACAUAAACUAAAUGUUCUGAUCAAUAAUGCAGGAUGCAUGGUCAAUAGGAGAGAGCUCACAGAAGAUGGACUUGAGAGAAACUUUGCGACCAACACUCUAGGUGUGUAUAUUCUCACUACAGCCCUGAUCCCUGCACUUGAGAAUGAACAUGACCCCAGAGUGAUAACAGUCUCCUCAGGAGGAAUGUUGGUUCAGAAACUGAAUACCAGUGAUCUACAGUCAGAACACACAGUAUUUAGUGGAAAGAUAGUCUAUGCACAAAACAAGAGGCAGCAGGUGGUUCUGACCGAGCGAUGGGCUGGCACGCACAGGAACAUCCACUUCUCGUCCAUGCAUCCGGGCUGGGUGGACAACCCAGCUGUGCAACUGUCCAUGCCAAGCUUCCACGUUCGGAUGAGAGACCGACUGCGCUCUGCGGCACAGGGGGCAGACACUGUACUGUGGCUUGCCCUCUCCCCUGUGGCCACCAAGCACCCCAGUGGUCAGUUCUUCCAAGAUCGGAAACCAGUGUCUACACACUUGCCUCUGGCUAGAACAUCCUCCUCGCCGGCUGAGGAAGAGCAGCUCAUGGAAGCCCUGGAGCAGCUGGCACAGAGAUUUAAAUAGGGCCGGCCAGACAACAGGACCAAAUCGCCUUCAACAUGGAGACGGUGCUGCCAGUCAGCAGAUUCCACUUCCGCCCCCUCUGAACCCCACCCCUUAGCAAGGAGGCACCUACUGGAAAUGGAACUAGUUAUUUAAAAAUAAACACAACUAAAAUAAAUAUGAAAUAAUAAAAUACAUACAACGGA